AUGCACAGGAAAUUCCAGAGUGAGUCGGCCAUACAGGGCAAGAGCACACUCGCAAAUCCAGAUGAUGCUGAGGAAGAAGAUGACAUUCUGCUCGACGACGCCAGAAUGUCGUACAUGGAAGACUAUAUCGCACGCAGGGACAUCGGGGUGCAGAGAAAUGCUCUCUUGGCUGAACACAUGCGUGGCAUCUUCAAGGCUGUCCAAGUCAUGAGGGAGUUGAGGAAGACGGAGGGAGGGUGGGCACACAAGCACUUGAGGGAAUUCCGCAGCGAGGUGGAGCGGUUCUACAAUGUCAGGGGGUUGGAUCUUGUGGGGCCCGUUGGAUGAGAGGACUUUUGACUAGGCGGUUUGCAUUCUUUGGCGCUAGACAGGUUGGGCUUGUUGUCGUUUUGGGCGGUUUUGGAAGGUGGCA